AUGCCUAUUUAAUUUACAAAAGGCUAAAUCUUUAUUUUUGAGUUUUUAGAAAGCUUUAAAUUCACAAAAUGUUCUGGUUUAGCUAAAUGCAUUAAUCUCUCAAAUUUGACACUUGAUCUUGGUAGAAAUUCAAUUGGGGCAAUGGGUGCAUCAGGCUUAGGUUCUGGUUUAGCUAAAUGCAUUAAUCUCUCAAAUUUGACACUUAAUCUUGCGUAAAAACAGUUUAUUUGUUUUGGAUUGUGA